AGCCGCUUCUUGGCCGAGGCGUGCUGCCAACGGCUCGCGGCGUGCGCGAGGCCUCGGGCGCCGCGCACCGAUGGCUGGCCGCCGCGGCGCGCCGGUGCAGCGCCGUGGCCGCUGCUGCCGCAGGUGAUGCCCGGCGGGCUGCCGCGCGGAGGCCGUCGGAGAGCGUGCAGCCGAUGGUGCUGGCCGGCAAGACCGGGUGGUCCCUGCCUGAGCUGACCGCGGCCCUUGUCGCGAUACUGUUUCUGGCCGUGCUGUGGCUGCUCUGCUACAGAAGGUUCGCGCUCACCUUCGAGCUGUGGCAAAACCAGCACAGGUACUCUACGAUCGAGAGCAUGCAGGGCGUGGACACCAUGAGCGACCAGGACGACCGCGCGCCGGAGUCCGACGACGACCUCUUCCUCUCUCGCGCGGGUCCGGCCACGUCGGCCAGGUCGCACCCGCAGGCGGAACUCGUGGGCCGUGGGCUCGGGGGCAAGGGGUCGGCGCAGCAGCCCGUGGUGAAGCUGCUGCCGCCGCCCCCCGGGAGCACGACUGGGGUGGAGCGCUCGGAGCCGUACCUCCAGGUCGAGCCGGCGCCGCAGAGGGACACCGGCGAGGUCGGCUUGCCGCCGCAGUGGGACAUUGGCGAGGAGGAGUGGAGGGAGGCCGAGCGCGAGUGGGAGGAGGCCGCGCACGGCGGCAGCGUUCCCGCCGGCGCCGCGGCCGCGGGCGCCGGCGGGCAGGGGGCGUAGGGCAGCCGCGCGGCCUGCCGCGUCGCCAUGGCCCGCCGGGCCCCCUGGAGAGACGGGCCGCCGCGGCCGCGGCCGCGGCGGGCCGGCAGCGGUGGCAGCGCGCCGCGGCUUCGCGCCGAGGCUUCGCGCCGCGGCGUCCGGCGCUGCGGGCGGC